AGCUGCUUUCCGACGCUGCUCCUGUUUAAAUAUUCUCCAGAUCUGCAAAAGUACAUUCGACUCCCUCUAUUACUCCAUGGACUCGUCUUUCCUUGUUUAAAUGUCCCGCGGAAGUCUUGCAUCACCGACUGUCAUCUCGCCUGUUUGGAAAGACGCCUAUCCCGCCAUUAUUGGGCCACGUUGUGUGCCUGGACCACCUCUGCCGCCUUUUCUCCCUCCCUAUCUGACAGAUCAUAUCAAACGAAGGGGCCACUCAGACACCCCCCAGAACACUCUACGGCUUCCUGGCCACUUUUCUGCGUUCCCGGUCUGCCUCUAGGCUGGUCAUCGAAUCCUCAUCGGGCACCGGGGGCAUUGACCGCUAGCAUUGCAUCCCCAUCAUGAAGUCCUCUGUCGUUCGGCUGUUGGUGCUGGCCUUGCUGUGUGUGGCCGUCGCCGCCUGGACCAAGGAAGAUUACGAGAUUUUUCGUCUCAACGAUGAUGUCGCAGCGUCGGAGGGCCCUAAUGUGACGUUCUACGAUUUUCUCGAGGUGCGACCCAAUGCCAAUCAGGACGAGCUAAACAAGGCGUACCGCAAAAAAUCACGUCUCCUGCACCCCGACAAGGUCAAACAGACCUUCAUCGCCAACCGGUCCAAGGACAAGAGCAAGGCCAAACGGCAGCAGGAUGGCGUUUACGUGUCCAAAGGCCCCUCGAAGCGCGAAAUCGACGCCGCCGUCAAGCAGGCCCAUGAGCGCUCCACCCGUCUCAACCUCGUCGCCAACAUCCUUCGCGGCCCCGAGCGCGCACGGUACGACCACUUUUUGAAGAACGGCUUCCCCAAGUGGAAGGGCACCGGAUACUACUACUCGCGGUUCCGCCCUGGGUUGGGUUCUGUUCUCCUUGGUCUCUUCGUCGUCUUCUGUGGCGGUGCGCACUACGCCGCUCUCGUGUUGGGGUGGAAACGCCAGCGCGAGUUUGUCGACCGGUAUAUCCGUCACGCGAGAAAGGCGGCGUGGGGAGAUGAAAUAGGCGUCCGUGGUAUCCCUGGUCUCAAUGAAGUUGCUGCUGUUCCUCCUGCGGCAGGACCGUCGGCUCCCGAGGCCGCAGAACCGGCCGCCAUGCCGAUGAAUCGUCGACAGAAGCGCAUGAUGGAGAAGGAGAAUCGCAAGGAAAGCAAAAAGGGCGGCAAGAGCAGCAACAAUGAAUCGCGUGCCGGCACCGCUACUCCCCCCGUCACUGAUGCAUCCGUGGGUCCUACCGGAGAGCGGAAACGGGUUGUCGCAGAGAACGGCAAGGUGUUGAUUGUGGAUUCGAUCGGGAACGUCUUCCUGGAGGAAGAGACGGAGGAUGGCGAACGCAAGGAGUUCCUGCUUGACGUGAAUGAAAUCCACCGCCCAACUAUUCGCGACACCGCGCUCUACAGAUUCCCUAUUUGGUGUUUCAACAAGACUGCGGGCAGGGUGCUUGGCGGGACGAAAGACCAGUCGGAAGAGAUCUCAAUCGAGGAUGCCUCGAUACCGGUCGACGAGGAAGCAGAGGCCAGGGACGACGGUGCAUCUAGGUCGAACGGUCGGGCCAGGAAGAGAUCUAGGCGUGCACAGAAGGCUUAAGCCAUGUAUUUGUGAGCCCAGAUAUUUACUACAUAAAAGUUUGUAUAAUAGAUCAAUAGAUGUGCAUUCCUCUACUAUAGAGGGACAUGAUAUGGUUAAAUGUGC